GUAUCUGCCACACGACUUGCUCACUCUGUGUGAAACAAACAACCUCAGCACACUCUUUACACCUGGAAGUGAUGGGCUCUGUUUUAAAAGUGACAGAAUAGACCAGAAGCAAACAACAAAACAAAGAAGAAAAAUUCUUUUUUUUUUUUCCCUUGGAUUGAGAACAAUCAAAAUGAAUGACAGAAAGGAAAGGAAAAGGAGAAUAUGCUCUGAGAAAAGAAGAGAAAAAUCCCGUGAUGCUGCUCGAAGUAGACGAGGUAAAGAGAAUGAGCUGUUUGCUGAACUGGCCUUGCAGCUGCCGCUACCCCAAGGGAUGGCCCAAUACCUAGACAAAGCAUCCAUUGUGAGGCUAACACUCAGCUACCUACAUCUUCGUACUGUUCUGUCUAACAUAGGGACAGAAGAUGCCAAGACAUCAAAGACAGAUGAUCUCCUGAGUUCAGUGCUUGACAACUUCCUACUUCUGCUGUCUCAGAGUGGGCAUGUAGUUUACAGCUCAGAGGCCAUAACCAAACACAUCGGCAUCAAUCAGAUGGAGUUAAUUGGGCAAAACAUUUUUGAAUUUAUCCAUCCUUGUGACCAAGAAGAAAUAAGAGACAUUCUCAGUUUUAAACAAGAUUCCUCAAAGAGUGGCCAACAAGACUAUGAUUUCUUCAUGAGAAUGAAGUGUACACUCACAAAUCAAGGACGUACUGUCAACAUCAGAUCAGCCUCCUGGAAAAUGCUACACUGUAUUGGACGGGUGAGACAUCCCUGCCCUGUGCCAGUGUCAUGCAGGACCCCUAAUGGUUGUCUGGUUCUGCUGUGUGAGUCUAUUCCAUUCCCUGACAGCAUGGAGACGAAAGAAAACCAAAAUAUAUUCCUGAGCCGACAUAAUGUGGAUAUGUGCUUCACGGACUGCGAUCACAGGGUGAAAGAUUUGGUUGGUUAUGAUGCAAGUGAGUUAGUUGGCCGAUCUGUAUAUGAAUACUAUCACGCUCUGGACACUGACCACAUAAGGAAGACUCAUCAAAGCUUGGUGACCAAAGGCCAAGCUUCCACAAGACAUUACCGGCUACUGGCCAAAAAAGGUGGAUAUGUAUGGGCACAGACUGAUGCAGCAGUGAUUUAUAAUAACCGCAGUGGCCAGCCUCAGUGUGUCAUCUGCAUCAACUAUGUUCUCAGUGGUCUAGAAGAAUCUGAAGUAGUAUUUUCACUGGAACAAACAAAGAAUCUUUUGAAACCUUAUACUUCUAACAUGCCAAUAUCCCAGUCUGUGGAUUUUUUUGCUCAAUCUCCGGAAGAGUUGGCACAGCUGGCACCAGAGCCUGGAGACACCAUUGUUCCCCUAAAUUUCAACAACGAGGACACCGAACUACCAGAUCUUAACCAGUCCUACAGUGAUCCUCUGGGAUACACACCAGAAAUGUUUAGAACAAAGAAGGGUGGUGCUUUUAAGAAGGAAUUUCAGAUGUUGUACUUUACUGAGGAACAAUUCAACAGCAAUGUGGAGGAGCCUAGGAGGCUAGCAAGGAGAAACUACAAUACUAGUUUUUUCUCAAACCAUGAUGUUUCAGAAGAACAACUUUAUAGUCAACCUGUCAAAUUCAUCGAAAGCAUGUUUGAGUGGGACUAUGAGGGACAGAAUCGAGUUAACCUGCAGAAUGACCUGAGUGAGCUUGAUUUGGAGACACUUGCACCUUAUAUUCCCAUGGAUGGGGAAGACUUCCAGUUGACGCCCAUCAGCUAUGACACCAAGGAAGGUGUAUCCAGUUUGCCUGAAAAUGAAGACUGUGCAUAUGAGAAAACAUUCCCAGCCCCGGAGCAAACAGAUGAGAACUACACAAUUGUGCCUUCUUCCUCUCUUAAAGAUGUUCAUUCAUGCUUUCCUACAAAGUUAGAGGCACCUUUACAUUUUCAGCAAACAGCUAACACACCUCAGCUGACACCUCAGUGGUCUCUGAAUCCCUUAUUCAACAGUGUCGUAUAUCAAUUCUGGUCAGAGCAAAAGCCACCAGCACACUGCAUGCAGCCAUCAGGACACAGGCCUGGUGCUGUAACACCACUUGGUGCUGGAUGUGGAGGUUCAGGUCCUGGUGGUGACAAUGAAAUCCCUCAAAAAAGAAGAAAACAAAAUGACUGCUUUAAUCCUAUACAGUGCAAUACAGAGUAUGUAUGCAGUAGUUCAUGGGAGAGACAGCAGCCCCUCUGGAAGAGAAAGAAAACUUAUCUGAAACCAAGAAAAAUCACUGGCUUCCUCACAUGGGCAGACAGAGACCCCUACUUGUGGAAUGCAGGAUCACACUCCUAUGUACAUGAUGUAAACAGGAAUGCAACUUUGCAGAUGCCACUGGCUCCAAAUAUUGACCAUCAUCUCAAUAGGACCAGCCUGUCACCAGAAAACCCACCUGAAAAAGCAGGUCUAUCCAAUUGCCUACUGCAUCCAGCUCUUGACCGCUCUGUGUUACCAGUACUGACUCGUUGGGAAUGUGAAGUCAAUGCCCCAUUAACAGGUCCAUCCCGCCUGCUCCAUGGAGCGGAGAUCCUUCGGGUUCUUGACCAGGCUGCUUUAUAACUGACCACUGCCACCAGCAUCUCCUUGGCCUGAAUCGGGAGAAGGAUCUUACUUGGAUACCUGUCCUCACAACACAUCAAACAAUAAAAUACAGUGAAAUCAUCUGAUAUGGCAAGUCUUUGUUGUUUUGGACAGAUUUUUGGACUUUUCAACAAUACAACAUUCCAGCGGACCCCUGUGGCAUGCACUGCAUUGUUCUUUUUUUGCUUGCUGCCUGCUGGAUAUUUAGUAAGAUGACGCUUCCUGAAUAUUUCCAGGGAAAAUACUCAACCUGCACUUCUUUAUAAGCAUCACUUUAUUGUGAGAAAAGUGGAAAAAAUUAUUAUAUAGUAGCUAUAUGUUAAAGCUUUCAGUGCUUUAGUAGUCAAAAGAUACUGUUGUGUAUUUGUUUGACUAAAUGAACAAAGUAAUAUUUAGUAGAAUAUCAUUACAUAUUUUUAACAUGUAGCAUUUUACUACUGAAAUGGGUUUGUUUAAGAUUUUAUCUUGAAAUUAAUAAUUUUACGCACUUUUAAAAGUAAUAUCAAUAAUAAUGAAAUUAAAUUAUCUAUGACGCACAACUGAUUAUUUAGCUGAGUAUGUUUUAAUCAGCACAGUACUGUGCCUCAUUUUUUAGUACUGUUCCCAUCUCAGUCACAGGAUUUGGGCUAGAUCCCAAUCUAAUGCACUGUGCACCUACUUCCCGUGCAUGUAGGUUUUCAUCAGGUACUCCAGACUCCUUCCACAUUUUGUGUAAUUGGCAGCACUAAAUUGGCUUGAUACUGGAGCAAUUGUGGGUACAUGUUUGCCCUGCAAUAGACUGAUAUUUCAUGCAGCUUUGCUUUCUGCUCUGUGAAGGGGUUAUAAAGAUAGCUCCUGCGUCCCUGGAACCUACUACUGUACAAAGUGAAUUCAGAAAAUGGGUGGAUGAAUGUUAUAUAGUAAACACAAAAGAGCAGAACCUACCAGCAUGAAAUCACUUAGUGAAUACAAUUACUAAUGUCUUAAAUGUACCCUUAACAUAGUUUGGGAAGUUAAAAGGUUACAGGAAAUAUCUACGGUGACAUUCAGAUUUUUAUAUGUUGCUGUCCUAGAAGGCAUUAUAAUCAGUAGGAUGGACAAGAUGUCAGACUGUAAAGUAAGAAGUCAGCAGUUCAGUCACCAAAGGCUCCACAAAAGAUAUACAUUGUGACACUAAAUCAGUCACCUAAACUGUCUCUGUUACCAUUUUAGAAAAGAAUAAAUGACUGUGCUGUACAUUCAACAUUCCUAUUUAGAAAUUUGCCUUAGAAAAUAGUUUGUUUAUUCAUUUAUAUGGGAGUUGGUAAUAUUGGAGUUUUGUUCAUGCUGAGAUAAGGAAACCAUUUUGCGGACAUAAUGUAGUCAUCAAAACAAAAAUUAUUGGGUUCAGUUCUGAAAGCACAAGUAUCUCUGCCAAUUAGUGCAACAACUGCCCAAUCUCCUCAACAUGUCUCUCUUGACAUGGGAUGCACUAGACCUCAGUGAGGUCAGUCAAUCAUAACUGUAAAGGAGUUCAUGUGUCUAGGGCACACUCCAGGCAACAAUGUAGUAUACAGUAUGUUAAAAAGACAGAGUAUAUGCUAACCAUAAAUUCAUUACAUCGUGUUGCUUUUUUAUAAUCAGGACGACAAUUUGCUAACUUGUGUAAUUUGGGUUUCUUUGUGUAGUAAUUUAGUUACACAAAACCAAACCACCAAGUUGAACAGUUGUGCAAAGCCUGCAUACAUGUUGGCCUAAAACGUUUGUUUUCAGCAAAGAAUGAAAAACAUUACCUUUUAUGGACUUUCAUAUUAUGAGAGGUUGUUGUCACAGGUCUGAAA